AGUCACAACAACAAACCAUUCUUGUGUGUAUACAUCGUGAUAAAUCGUACUUUAAAAACCCAUAAACAAGCAAAAAUACUCACCGAAAACCGAUAAAAAUGGCGUUGGCCAUGCAAAGAAAGGCCAACGUGCGCCUCCCGCCCGAAAUCAACCGGAUCCUCUACGUGAGGAACCUGCCCUACAAGAUUUCAGCCGAGGAAAUGUACGAUAUCUUCGGUAAGUACGGGGCCAUCCGGCAGAUACGCGUGGGCAACACGCCCGAAACGAGGGGCACGGCCUUCGUCGUUUUCGAGGACAUUUUCGACGCCAAAAACGCCUGCGAUCACUUGUCGGGCUUCAACGUUUGCAACAGAUACCUGGUGGUCCUUUACUAUCAAGCUAACAAGGCAUUCAAGAAGACCGAUAUCGAUAAGAAGCAGGAGGAAAUCGACAAGAUGAAGUCCAAAUACGGCAUUAACACGUAGUUUUUUAGUAGCAAAUAAUUUAUUCGUAAUGAAUUUUGUAAAUAAACACCU